AUGGAAAAGUUCUUUAAUAUCAAAUGCAGAGCUUCCGGAGAUGUUCCAAACGCUGUCGUACUUGUUUCAACUGUAAGAGCUUUGAAAAUGCAUGGAGGUGGUCCUGCAGUCACACCAGGAGCACCUUUGGCGCCACAGUACACUGAAGAAAAUUUGGAUUUGCUUCGUAAAGGACUUCCUAAUAUUCUUAAACACGUAAGCAACGCUGUGAAGUAUGGAAUCCCAGCAGUCGUGGCAAUUAAUCAUCGCGAAACCGACACUGAAGCUGAACUAGAACUCUUGAGACAGGCAUGUAAAAAUUCUGGUGCAUUCGACGCAGUAGUUUCAAAACACUGGUCACAAGGUGGUGAAGGUGCUAUCAAUUUGGCUAAGGCUGUCGUGGCUGCUACUUCUCAACCCAGUAAUUUCAAGUUUUUGUAUGAACUUAACCGACCAAUUAAAGAGAAGAUUGAAAUUAUCAGCAGAGAAAUGUACGGCGCUGCUGGUGUGUCCUACAGUGAAAUCGCAGAAAAGAAAAUAAAACAGUACGAGGAACAGGGAUAUGGAAACCUUCCAAUCUGCAUGGCAAAAACUCCACUAUCCUUAACAGCAGAUCCUUCAGUUAAGGGAGCACCGACUGGUUUCAUCAUUCCAGUGAGAGACAUGUCCAUAUCUGUAGGAGCACAAUUCAUAAUUCCAUUUACUGGAGAAAUUACUCGUAUGCCAGGAUUGCCAACAAGGCCAGCCAUUUAUGACAUAGAUCUAAACAUUGAAACUGGAGAAAUUGAAGGACUGUUCUAA